AUGAACAACUACUUCAACCCCAACUCGAUGUACAUAGAAGAUGAUUUUAGACAUCUCUUCCUCUUCCGGAUGAGGCAUCAUGUCUUCAAGCGUUUACUUCAUGAUAUACAUCAGGUCAAUCCAUACUUUCAACAGAAGCUGGACAAAGCAAGUCGUCCUGGUUUCUCACCUCAUCAGAAGCUUUACAACGAGGAGUACCUCCGUGAGCCAAAUCAAGAAGAUCUGGAUAGGCUUAAUCGCAAAGCUGAAGAUUAUGGGUUUCCGGGCAUGAUAGGGUCAUUAGACUGCAUGCAUUGGAAUCGGAAGAAUUGUCCCACCGGAUGGCAAUGA